AUGUGCUCCUUCUGGGAUGGCCAAGUCGAACCUGGGGAUGUCCGACGCUUCUGCAACGGCCGCCUGGUGCCCACGAGAGCUUCCCAGGCCGUCCCGGGGCAGCCUCUGAUCUUCGGCCCCGCCGAGGAUGCCAUCGAGGCGCAGAGCGCGGCCGUGGGGCCCAGUGGACGGGAGGCCUUCCUGGACCAUUGGACCGUGGGUGUGUACAGCUGCGCGAGGUGCCGUAGACAGCUGUAUCCAUCCUCUUCAAAGUGGCGAGGUCCCUGCGCUUGGCCGUCUUUUCGGGCACCGAUUUCAACCACGGCUUUGAGAACGCGCCCUGUCGUCGGAUAUGGGAGCUACAAAUGUGCUGUAGCAGAGCUUUACUGUGAGAGCUGCCAGUUGUUCAUAGGCCACUGCUUCCAAGAUGCCUUCCAGCUGGGUGACAAGGGCCCGGAGAGCACUGGCUGGCGCCACUGA